UCUCUCCCUCUCACCUCCAUGGUGUGUGAAUGAUGCUUUUUUCUUUCUGGCGUGGUUUUGCAUUUAGUGUCUCAUUUGCCUUGGCUGCUUGCUGGAUAGGUAAAUGGACUCGGAUAGCAGUUCUGGAUGACACUUAUUUGAACUUCUGAAACAGACGUUUGUGUAAGGUGUGUCUACUUCGAAGGCCAAACCAGCGGCGCAACGGGUGUUUGGAGGCGAGCCAGUGAAGGUGUGCCUGAACCAAGCUGAGUAAAGGUGCACACAGAGACUUGAUUAAAAUGGGAGCUGCUCUCCCAGAGACUCCCUCUGACGGACAGCAGCUACCGGUGCAGCCAUGCCAGACGUGAAGGCUCUGGCAUGUGAGUGCUCCCCGCCAGGGUCGCCCGUGACCUGCAGCAUGGACCUGGAGCCCUGCCUCAGCGAGCUGCCAGACCCGCUCUCCGUCUACGGCCCCCCGCUCUCUGACCUGGAAAGACCCGCCGGCCGUCGCCCUCCGGGAUGUGAUGGUGGCGAUGGCCUUCUCGGCAGCCUGGGGAUUGGGUACCGCUCCUCCACCCGCGGGCACCUGCCCAAGCAGCCCAUCGGCGUGACCGGCCACGGGGCAGAGCUUCUGUCGCUGGGCUGCGUGAACUCGGCCGGUGGCCGGCUUUACCGCAGCCUGGAGAACCUGCACUGGAGCGCGGGGUCUGAGCAAGGCAUGUAUGCUUACAGGAGUGUGGAGAGCGAGUUCCUUCUGCACUGCAAUUCCAGCGGCCCGUGGUAUGACGGGCCCCCUCAGGGACCGAAUGUGUACGGCGUGAUGCACGGCGCGGACAGCAUGGCUUUCUACCCACGUCGCGGGCUGGCGCAGAAAGACCUGCCGCCCUUCCUGCAGUGGCUGUUCCCUGCUGUGGAGGACUGGGACCUGAACAGCAAUGGGCGGAAAGGUCUGAGGGACAAGCUCCGCCUCCAGAGCACCCGCGUGACCGAGCCCCACAAGCCCCUGCGGCCUCUGCCUCUGCUGAGCAGCGUGGCGCAUUCGUUUGGUGACCAGGAGAUGGUGCCGCUCCUCAGGUCGCCCUCCUCCCCGGGCCUGCCGGGAGGCCAGAGGGAGCUGCACGCCCGGCGCAUCACCAGCCCGGAGGAGAUCAAGCAGGAGGUGCUUCGGCGUCUGCAGCUGCGCAGGCAGAGGAGCUCUCCCAACCUGAGCGUCGGCUCUGGCCAGGAGCCCCACAUUAGCAGAUCAUACACCUCCGAGGCCGGCAAUGGCCCCGCCCAGGCCGCGGCGGAGAGGAAGCGCCCCCCCACGGGCCGCCUGCGCAUCCCCACCUUUGAGGAGUUUAAGCGCAUGAGGCAGAGAGAGAGCAGCCAGGCUCCCUCGGCGCCACCCAGCGGACGAUCCCGGGACGAGGGCCAGCACGCAGAAGGAAACGGUGAGGAGCAGGCACGGGGGGUGGGAGACGGAUCGGAAACGGAGGCCCGGCGCGGCUCCGGCCGAGAGGAGCCCGCGCAGGACGGAGCCGCCGCAGAAGCCGCCGACGGAGCCAUCUGCACAGGCCCUGCGCCUCGCUCUCUCCUGCACUCCCAGGCCCCCACCACAGGGCAAGAGCGGGUCCGAGAAGCAGACGCCCCCGGAGCUGCCACAGCAGAGACUCCCCCUUUCCCUCCUCUCAGCAAGAAAGGGGAAGGGGGGUCCAGUUGUUGUCCAGCCAUCCUGCUUGAUGGGACUGACCUGUCUAGCUACGGAGCCAAGAUCUACAAGAUGAAGGAGGGCCUCCUCGGAUCAGCUCUGGACCUCAUAAAGAAGAGCUGCAGUGCGGAGAUCAGCGCAGAGGCACCCGUCAGGCUGUCACGUGACCGGGAUGACGGCGCUGACAUCACCGCUCCCCAGCCCGGCGGUCGGCCGGCUCCCGUUGCCAUGACGACACCGGCCCGCAGAGGAGAGGCUUGCACCGAGGCCACAGGACGGGAAGAAGAGCAGUCGGCAGAACGCGCGUCUGGGGUGGGAUGCAGGCGCUCGAGCUCUGACGCAGCCUAUGAGCCGGCUGAGUCGGCGAGGGCCCAGCGCGAGUGUCGUCUGCGGCCCCACUACAGUGACCCCAUGCCCGCCGACGCUGCCAAGCGCAAGCAACUGGAGAUGAAGAUCGCGGCAGCAGCACGCCUCCACAGCCAGCGUAGGGAGCGCGAAGGCGGUGCGUGCACAUCUAGGGGGUGCUCCGAGCCCAGAGGGGAGGGCCGGAGCGGCAGCCUGGGCGUGACACGUGCCGGCAGGCACCGCUGGAGCACGCUGAGCAGUCUGAGUGCCGACAGCGGCGUGGUGGGCCUGGGCGACGAUCGUGAGGACGAGGACGAGCCGCGGCGGGCACGGCGCAGCGCAGGCUCCGACGUGGAGCGCGUCGACAGCGGAAUCGGCCCCGGCCUCGCCCGUGGCUGGAAGAGGCCCUCGGCGGCCCUCAAGGCCUGGGAGUCCCACCGCCCGUGUCCGGACUGCGGCCACCGGGAGGGGGUCCGGGGCGAGGGCAUGUGUGAGAGAUGCUCCAAGCUUCGAACCGAGCGCAAGGAAGCCAUCCUGGAGUUCCUCAACACGGAGUCCAGCUACGGGGAGGACCUCCGCAUCAUUAAGGAGGAGUUCUACUGCCCCAUGCAGAGUGCGGGGCUGCUUACGACGGAGCAGCUGGCUGUGGUCUUCGGCAACGUGCAGGAGCUGAUCGAUGUGAAUGACAGAUUCACAGAGCACUUGCAGGACAGCAUUGACCAGGCUUUUGAUCAGGGAGAUGAAGAACUGCAAACAGUGUGCAUUGGAGAAAUCUUCUUGGAGUUUGUCAACAUGCUCCCAGCCUUUCAGACGUACUGCUCGCAGCAGUCUACCUCCGUCAACAUGCUGAAUGCUCUGGAGAAGGAGAAGGAGCUUCUCAGGAUUUUCCUCGACGUGUCGCAGAACGACAACACGGCCCUGCGGCGCAUGAACCUGCGCUCCUUCCUGAUGGCACCCCUCCAGCGCGUCACCAAGUACCCGCUGCUGCUGAGCCGCAUCAUCAAGGCGACGGGCGAGCGCCACCCGGACCACGGCAGCCUGCGCGAGGCCAAGAGCCGCGUGGAGUCGCACCUGGAGCACAUCAACAUGAAGACCAAGCAGGAAGGCACUGCCGCCUGGUCCCUGCGCUCUUUUCGCCGCUCAGACAGCCGCCGGAACCGCGAGGUCGUCAACAUCGAGAUGCGCGAGGUGUCCGUGAAGACGGUGGGGUGGGCGCGCGAGAGCACGCGCUUCAUCAUGGAGGGCCCGCUCCAGCUGUCGCAGCCCGCCGACGGCCAGUGGGUGAAGAAGGGCAGCAGGGCGCUCAAGUUCCAGAACGUGCAGAGCCUGCUGAUGGUGCGCACGCAGCGCGCCGCCGAGGGGCUGCCCGCCCAGGCCGACGGGGGCGCCCGGGGGGAGCCCCAGGAGGUGACGGAGACCGUGCAGGACAGCGUGCUAGUGCUGAUCAAAGACAAAAGUGGCGGGAAGUUCGCUGUGUUGCGGGAGCCCAUCCGGCUGGCCAACUGCGUGGUGUCGGCCGACCCUGAGUGCGACGACACGUUUGAGGUUCUGGACAUUCGACGCGAGGCCUUCGUUUUCCGAGCCUCUGAGAAAUCGCGCACGCAGCAGUGGUUUCGGCAGAUAAAGAGGUACGCCUGUGAUCUGGGGCUCUGGAGAAAGAGACGCAACGCUCUCCCUAAUAUCAUGAUUAGCACAACCCAGAGCCGGUCCUGAGACUGAGCCGUCAGUCCACCACUCAAGUGAACUCUGGUGUAAAUAAUUUAAAACAUUCAUCGCAAUGAUAGUAUUAAAUGAGAGAGUGCAGAUCUUUCUUUUUCCUAAUGGACUUUAAUUUUGGAGAUUCACUGUUUACAAGAAUAACUGAAUAAUGCUUUGGACAGAAGAGUGCACUUUCUAGAACACCGACAUCUGCAAAAAGAAAAAAAGAAUGCGCGCGCGUGUGUGUGUGUGUGUGUGUGUGUGUGUGUGUGUGUGUGUGAAUUCCAACCAUUUGGCAGAUCAAAGCAAAGACGUGUUUGGGAACAUCGCUGGACGCUGAGUGUAUAUUUCCUAACAGCAUAAAUGUUUUUAGAAAAAAGAGAUGAGUGUAUAAUAUUUCCUAACAGCAUAAAUGUUUUUAAAAAGUUUUUGGUAAAAGAGCAUGAGUGAAAAUCUUUGUCAAAAGUCCUGGACAGUGGAUUCAAAUGCAGAAUGUCCUUUUAAACAUGGACACAGCAAGUGAUGUGUGUUACACUCAGUUGUCUUUUUCCCCUUCAAACCGAAGUCACUGCCCCUCUUUAUUUGUUCGCAAAAUUACUGUAGCAUCCAUCCUGCAUGCCGGCAUCGACCGAGCAGCAGUCUGAAACCCUGGAGAGUUGUAAAGCCUAGAUCACUGUAGCCUCAAUGCCAGAAGUCAUGGCUUUCUUGCAACAUCUGGGUCUUACCCAGUCUCACUUGGUAACAGGCUGGAAUCUGACUGGUUAAAAUGAUUGGAAUAAUAUCAUAUAGGACUGAUACUAUUCUGAGUUAAAAAGCAGCAAUAAUCAUUUGUGUAUUGUAGCUACAAUAAUGCUGGUUUCAGUUCACCCAGUCCCAUCAUCUACAGUAAAGCACUACAGUAAACUGUGCUUUUAACAAUAGCAAUUACUGUCGCUACAGGCCGCGGUGAAACAGUAUGUAAUGUCAUGUAGUAGCAGUUGCAUUUUAAAAAAAGAGAGAGAUUGAAGAAAUCUUUCAAAGUUGACCCUUUGCUCAACACCGAGGGGAAUGAAAAUGUGUGCCUUUCAGCCUGUUGCUACACUGGACUCUAUAACCCUCUCCAGUUAAAUCUCUCGGAUAUGGUGUGUGAGCUUUGCCCACUUCUCCUGCUCAAGGUGACACAGAGUCCUUAUUUGUUUGAUGCACUUUAACCUAAAGCUCUUGUAUCUGGGUUGUGAAGACAUUCAGUUCAUUAAAAGCUUUACUGUUCUUUUAUUUUCCGUUUAAGCUUUGUAAGAAUUAAAGGUAACAGCUGACUUCAAUUUUUAUCAAGCAAAUCACUAAAUGACUUGGCUUAGUGUAGGUACAGACAGACAUGAAUGGCCAUCUUAAGAAUGUGGGUGUAGAAAUAGACACGUCUGCAGAAGAACGUGUCCCCAAUGGCACUGGUACUGUUAAACACUGCAGCUUCUGUCGGCUUUCACCGCAGAAGAGUAGCACCCUGACACGUCCCUGUCCACAGCCUUUUUUAAUCUGAGACCAGUCAUGCUGUUCUUUCUGUAUUCAAGACCCUAAUUUAAUAAUUUUUGUGUUAAAUAUUGUGGAUUAUAUUAAAUAUAAAUUAAAUCAGUCAACAAAAAAACAAACAAACCCAGUAUGUAUUGAUCUUUGGUUGCUGGUUUUCUGAAAAUGGCUUUUGUGAGCAGUCCACUUUAUUACAGAAAAUUAACAAAAAAAGGAUAUUACAGUUCCUGGCAAGAGGGGAAGAAGAAAACCAUCUCAAACCCAAACUCACUUCAGUAAUUAAACCACAUCGUAUAGAGACCGUUCCAGCUUCCAAAAAACCAAUCUAACCACGAAUACCAUUACUGCCGACGCCUGUGGCCUGCUAUCAGAAAUAACUAAAUAUUGUAGGGCUUAGUUAAGUAGUACCUAUACAUACAUUUACAGAAUGGAACAAUAACAUGCUCACAUAUACAGCUACACAUCAAGGUGGAGAGAGAAAAACAUUUGCAAGAAACCAACAGACCUGGUAAUCACAGAAACAACUCUGAUAUGCAGCAGUCUGAAAACUGUGGGUUUUUCCAAAACGUACAUAAAUGCUGUCUGCUGGUCUUAUUGUCACAUGCAAAGAUACGAUGCCAAUCAUCAAUAACAAUUUAGGAACUUCAAUAAGAGGCUGAAAUGAAGAGAAAAGGCAGAAG